GAGGAUUCUUCCCGAGAGUCGGUCCACCAGCAUAGCUGUAUCAGAGAAGGAGAGUGCACCAAGUGCAACUACUGCACUACGAUAGUACUGCUGAAAACGUAGAUGAAGAUCUCACUCUUAGACUAUGUAUACGAGAAGUGUGUGAUGUCAUUUCGGUGUUCAAGCAGAGCUAGAGUUGAGCGGAAAAAUCGAGGAUGUUGAAACAAAGCUUAUUGAGUGUGACCGACACCGAAAUUGACAAGUAAUCAGUCUGUGAAAUCUUCGUCUCCCUCAUCCUCAACUAUCAAAUAACGAUCGCCAGGCCAUCAAAUUGGUUCUUUGCAUGAAGCACCUAAUUUUCUCACAAAAAAAUGUUUUUCCAGAAGCCCGCCCACAUCUCCCUCCUGUAUUACUGUAAGUAAUCCCCGUUUUUGCUUUGUUUUGAAAAAACCGUUAGUUUUACCGUAAAAAAAGGUCCCUAGAUAUCCAUGAGUGAAUUUUCAUUUUCAUCCAAGACGAAAACAUCUGAGGCCGCUUCCUUGCAUGAAAGAUCGCGACGUUGCCCGCUGCCUCACCCACAGAAAUUCCAUCUUCUUAUCGUCACAAGCCUAGUCAUCUGCCAGCUUGGUGAGUCUUUAAUCGCGUCACAGCUCAGCAGAUGAAAUCGUGCACGCUGGCCCUCCUUACUCACACCUGAUUGCUUUGUGCUCAUACUAGUCGCUCCUUAGUACUGCGUUCUUCAUCUUCUGAUUCUGAAUACUACCAUUAUAGCUAGAACAAUGAAGUAGAGGCAGACCUAAGUUUUGGUAGCUUCCUUUGAUUAGUAGAACUUGUGGACAAGAUUUUUAGAGUAUCCCAAGAUUGCUUACUUGUGUGACAAGAUUGUAAUAGAACUUGUGUGCAAGAUUUCGUCUCACAACAGUGUGUGGACAAGAUUAGAGUUUUUUCUUCCCAAGCAUCGGUCGUGCCAGAGGGGAGAUUAGAGUAUCCGAGUUAAUUCUUUCCAGGCACCGGUCGUGCCGGAGGGGGGCGCCGAGUGAGCAUGCGGAUGCUCGAGUGUCGUAUCCUAGAAACAACAAGCUAGGAAUAGGAUGGGGAGCGCUGCUUCGGCGGUGAAGAGUAACCAAGCCGAGGCAACUCGGCACAUAGACGAGGUCACAGAGGCCGCGCAGCUCGCAACUGGUGGCGGCUUGCUCGAACAAGAUCUCUCGUCAAGGGUCGAAGUCAACGUCCGCGUAAGCGGACUCAAGAAAAAAUGCAAUCCAAGGUAAGAUUAUAGCUCCCUCCUCUUCAGUUUCACAUCCGAUCUUUUUCUCAUUUGUCUCGUCAACAAGCUCAACACCUCUACCUCCUCGUCAGAUACCAUCGUCCCGUAGACUCUAGGUACAUCUUCACCCUUUCCACCAUGUAGAAAUGUACCCCCCAUCCCGUAGAGGGGUACAUUUUCUGUCCACAACAGGGCACGAUAGAAGAGGGGUACAUUUUCUGUCCACAACACCAGCACCACCAUGAUCCCUCUCAGAUGUGUCUUCUACACACGGCGUGCGCAGGACAAGGCGUGGACGGAGGUGUUGCGCACGGAGACGCUGAUCAACGUGGAUCAGGGAGCGUUUGUGAGGUCAGGGACCAUAGAAUACAACUUCGAAAUUCAGCAGAAAUGCCGUUUCGAAGUGUAUCAUUGUGGCGACGCAACGUCAGAAAACAUAUCACAAUGGGACUUCUUGGGGAGUGCGGUAUUUUCUUCUAAGAGAACAUAUCAUGAUAUCACAAUGGGACUUCUUGUUCUUGGGGAGUGCAUUAUUUUCUAGGCUGAGGCUUUUUUUAACUUGCAAUUUGCAACUUGCAAAUUCAAAAAUUAGUUCCCGCCCAUUAUUUCCCCUUCACCCCCUUCAUUUUCCAAUUACAUCAAAUACUCUGACUAUUCUCCAGGAAAUCUUCGUUGGCGAGAUGGUGGCGUCUCAGGGAGAUACUUGCGAGAAGGAGAUUUUGCAUCAUGCAAGGAAGAACAAUGGGAUGAUCCAUUUUCAAGCGGAGGAGAUGAAAACGACGAAAUUACAGUGCGCUUUUCAGUUAAGUAGGCCAUCUUCGCUACAGGAGCAUCCAACCAUCGAUCCCCCAUAUCUUUCUAUCAUCCUCGUUUCUUUUAUUUUUUUCUGCCUGAAAUAUAUAGAGGAACAGGUACAGGAAGCCAAGGACAACUCAGUUAUGCUCAUGAGCACUUUACUAGCUCUAAUUCAGAUGUCCGCGAAGAGUUUGCCAGUCAUGGACUUCUUCAGCAGGAGUUCGGAUCCAUAUGUAGUCCUGUAUCGUGGAGCAGUGCCGAAUCUUCGAAUAAGCGAAGAAGAACAGUUCAAACAGAAAGUCCCGGUCUUUAAGCUAUGACAAAACGGCAGCAUGAAUAUCUUAUUUGACGUCUAGUUCUUGUCUAACUUUCUAGUGCUGAUGCUGUUGUUCGCAAUUAUAAUAUAAUUUUUCGUCUCACAACGAACGGUAUCAAUUAGUUAUAUUAACACGGUAAACUCGCUCCUGUGCACAACGGUAAACUCGCCGCCGUCGUUGGCCUUGCCCUACGCUAGACUAGCGCCGCCGGUGGGGUUCUCAAGCGGGCGCCCGAAGGGCGCCCCGCAAUUGGAGACGCCCAGCGUCACGCUGGGCGCAGAAUUCGGCAGAUCUGGCAGAUUUGGGUCGCCCAGCGACCCAGUGUUCCCAGCGUGCCCAGCCCAGCCAUGUUGGGAACCCUUGCAAACUGUUCUAUUAUAAUUUUUCGUCUCACAACGAACGAACAGUGUAGAAGAAAAAGGAAAGGAUCAUAUUGACUCCCGACGUGACAGCACUUCUACUCAAGUCUUCUUUACUCUUCUAAUCUCAACCGAAACGAUAAAGCGAAGUUUGAAUCCGACAUUUGAGACCACUGAAAUGUCCGUGCAGCAGUUGUGUAGAGGCGACGAGUUUAGGGCGAUUAUAGCAGAAGUCUACGAUUGGAACAGGACGCAAGCGGACAAGCUGAUCGGAUCAGCGACGACGUGUUUAGCGGAUUUGAGAUUAUGGAUGCUGGUUUUAUUUUUCGUGGAAUCUUUAGGACCAGGAGCAACUUGGGGCCAUUUUCGUUUUCCCACGAUGUUUGAUAAGUCUGAGCACGACUAGUCUUGUGAUGAGAGGCCAUAACUAGGUACAUGGAAUUCUAUAGCAACUUCUAAUCAGAAGGGCAGGAGAUGAUGGGAAGCCGGUCAUAUUAGCACUGUACGAAAACCUAGAAGGCAUGAGCGCCGUCAGCUCAGCACCUGCGAAAGAGGGACAAGUGGGUGCAAAUAAGGGGAAAAAGAAGAAAAAACCGAGAUGCAUGGGACAACUCAUCGUAAUUAUUUUUGUUUGCAACCGGAUGCGCAGCUUUUUACGAGCAGGCUGAACGAAACCAAUAUCUUCUCCUUGGUCUUUGUUCUUCUUUUUGUCUGCUUUCUUUGUCUUACUCGGAUCAUUCGUGUAACCAACCGGAUCAUGCGGAUCCCUUCUUGCCACUUCAUGUCUUCUUUGUUCAUCGAAUAGGACUCUCUCUCUGACAACCACAGAUCGACAAAAUCAAGCUGACGAAAACCUUCUCCUUCCUCGAUUAUCUCGCCGGAGGCUUGGAGAUGAACUUGAUAGUAGGCAUAGACUGUACCAGGAGUAAUGGGGAUCCGGCGCAGCCUGACAGUUUGCACUUCAUGGCGACCCAGGAAGAGCCAAACGACUACGUCAUGGCCAUUAGAGCAGUGGGGGAAAUCUUGCAGCACUACGAUAGUGAUAAAAAAUAUCCAGUCUAUGGUUUUGGAGCAAAAAUACCACCAGGAUAUACCACGACGAGCAGAUGUUUCGCCUUUAAUGGGGAUUUCUUUGAUCCGGAGGUACAUAGACUUUUGCUUUUUCCACAUCGUGAUGGAUCAUGUUGAUCAUGAUCUGUAGUUUCUAGUUUAUUUAGGAUUGCACUAUACAUCUCAAAAAUCGAUCUGAAUCCAAAUUUCCAUCUUUUAUUUUGAUCAAAUAGGUCGACGGUCUCGACGGCAUAGUCACCGCGUAUCAGAAGACGCUGCCAAUAUUAACCCUCCACGGCCCAACAGAGUUCAGAGAGAUAAUUCGACUAGCGGCGAAUCUCGCAGAGCCAUUUAAGGAUGCUGAGCCAGAGAAUAUGAAGUACUAAACUAGACUAAGAACGCACUCGUUGUCUUUGCUAUUACUAGAGACAACCAGCACAACAAGUUGUAUGUAGUACUGCUACAGUAGAGGUAGACGCACUGAUGAUGAAGUUGUAUGUAACAAGAACCUCUACCAGCCUAUAAUGAUUGUGCGAUUUCAUAUUCAUUCAUCUCUCAAGCUGUUCUACCGACUACCUUCAAUGCUGCAAAAAACAUCCUUACAAGGUACUUCAUCCUUACAAGGUACUUCAUCCUUACAAGGUACUUCAGGUACUUGCUCUACCUUCCAUCCUUACAAGGUACUUCAUCCUCCUCAUCGUAAUUGAUGGUGUGAUCAAAAAAUCCUUUCAAGGUACUUCAUCCUCCUCAUCCUAACUGAUGGCGUGAUCAACGAUAUGCAAGACACCAUAA